GCGCUCCCGGCGUGCCUUGCGGGGCGGCCGUCUGCGCCUGCGCCCGGCGGCCGGUUACGCGGCCCCGACACUGCAGCGGGCCACCGGGGCGGACGGCCGGGGGUGGCGGGCCCGGCAGGAUGUGGGUAUUCGGCUAUGGCUCCCUCAUCUGGAAAGUGGACUUCCCGUACCAGGACAAGCUGGUCGGGCACAUCACGGGCUACAGCAGGCGCUUCUGGCAGGGCAGCACCGACCACCGCGGGGUCCCCGGCAAGCCUGGAAGAGUUGUGACUCUUGUUGAAGAUCCUGGGGGUUGUGUAUGGGGUGUUGCUUACAGACUACCAGUAGGAAAGGAAGAAGAAGUAAAAGCAUACCUUGACUUCCGAGAGAAAGGAGGCUACAUGACAACCACAGUCCUUUUUUAUCCAAAAGAUCCCACAACAAAACCAUUCAGUGUGUUACUGUACAUUGGAACAUGUGAUAAUCCUAAUUAUCUUGGUCCCGCACCUCUGGAAGACAUUGCUGAACAGAUUUUUAAUGCAGCUGGUCCAAGUGGAAGAAAUACAGAAUACCUUUUUGAACUUGCAAAUUCUAUUAGGAAUCUUGUGCCAGAAGAUGCAGAUGAGCAUCUUUUUUCUUUGGAAAAACUAGUAAAGGAACGUUUAGAAGGAACACAGAAUCUGAAUUGCAUAUAAACACCUAAUCAUUGACUUUUCCAAAUACGCAGAACUCUUAGUCUUCAGAGAAUUGAAUGGCAAUAUGAUUUGGAAAUGUAUUUACUUUAAGACCUUAUUUAUUUUUAAUGUUGUAGUCAAUAUGUUUCAAAAUUGAGUUUAACUGUAAGGUCCUGAAAUACAUAUUCAAAAUACUGUGGUCUAGUUAAAGAAAAUAUUCAAGUUUUAAUAUAAUGAUUUCCUAGCUGUAUGAUAUUGAACAUUUACUCAUAAGAAGUGAGUUCUGUAGAUAAGCAGUGAAGGACUCAGUUCAGAGCUUAUUUUUAUCAAAGUAAAAAUUACUCUGUUGGCUCAUAUAAAUACUAUUUUGAAGUUGUAGAGAAUUAAAUUCCAAUAAAUACAAUAAGGUAUUAAUUAUACCUUCAGUAUAUUCUUAUAUAAUAAUUCUGUAACCAUGGUUUAAAAUAUAGCUUAAAAUAAUGUGUAAUUGGAAAUAGAAAUUAGAAACUUGAUUUUACAAACUUGAUUAAUUUUCCUGUUCACGUAUUAGAAAUUUUGGCUUCACAUUUAAGCCAAAAAAUUGACAAAUUUAACAUAAAAAUUUCCUUGGAACUGUAAUGUAUGUAAUCCUGCUUUUUAAUAAAUGCAUUUUACUACAAGUUAAAACUCCUUAAGUAAAAUCAGAUCUACUAACAACAAAGUUUUUCAUCUGUUUUGCAUUUUAUACUGAAACUUCUUUUUAAAAGAUAAGCUUUCUGACAAUAAAAAUUAACAAAAACAUAUCAUGAAAGCCUGCUAUUUGAAAUGGCUUUUAGAAUAGUAAUUUUUCAAGUAAAACAAGGCUUUUAUUUUCUUCUUAGAUUACUGCUUAAGUAAGUUACUGAACUAUGUUAAUAAUGCUACUCACAUCACAAACAUACACAUUGGCCACAGAGAUAGUUCAGUCGACUACAUGCCUAACAGGUAGAAAUUGCUGAUUUCAAUCCCUGUUACCACAUGAUCACCUGAAAAUUCUACUUAUAGUCCUAGUGGCCUCCAGCAUUCCUGGGGGAGCACCAAAACAAUAAAGAUACUUAGACCUUAUUAACUGACAUAACAUAUUAACUGAUUAACUUACCUUGAUUCAGACACCAUACUUUUUCUGAUUACAAAUGAUAUUUCUCAGAAUGGAUUUUUUUUUUUUUGGCUUUUUGGGUCACACCUGGCGAUGCACAGGGGUCACUCCUGGCUCUGCACUCAGGAAUUACCCCUGGCGGUGCUCAGGGGACCAUAUGGGAUGCUGGGAAUUGAACCCGGGUCGGCCGUGUGCAAGGCAAACGCCCUACCCGCUGUGCUAUCGCUCUAGCCCCUCAGAAUGGAUCUUAAUAAAAAUUCAAACCAAGGCAUGAAUAAUAAUAGACAAGUUUUUCACAUAAGAGGGGGCUGAAAAAGACAGUACAGAGAGCAAGGCACUUGUCUUGCAGUCAACCGAGGUCAGGUUUCACAUAGGACCCUUUGAGCCCUACCAAGAGAUUUCUGAACAGCACAGAACUAGGAGUAAUCCCUGAACACUGCCAGAUGUGGCCCAAACAAAUGAACAAAAAAUGUAAAAUAAAGCUAUUCUAUUACGAUAGGCUCAUAGUUCUUUUCAUAUUUUCUUUUCUACUAUUAACACUUAAGCUGUACUGAGCUAGG